UGGCGGCGACGGCUGAGACGCGAGUGCUCCAUCCCGAGCUGCUUCCGUGCCCGCGUUUUCGGGCCGACGGCGAGCUUCCGCCAACACCUGUGUCUUCGCCCCGGUUCUAAGAGGCCCGUGAGCCGAGAACGGAAGGGCUGUUUGCGGGGGCCGGACCAAACACCCCGGGGGGACCGGGCGGGACUUCCGUGUCCCACCGGAAGUGACGCGACAGUCGCAGCGGCCGCCAGGUGGAACGGCAGGUGCGUUCAGGUGCCAGGCUGGCGGGGACGCGGCUCUUCCGGUCAGCGACAGGGACAGCUCCCAGGAGAGCCUGGAGACCCGUGGGAGCGGCCUCUGGGGUCUGCGCCCACCGCCCUGGCCUGGAGCGCCCCUUGGUAUCCACUCGCCGUGCCCCUGCCGAGCUGGGCCGUGGGCCAGCCUGCCCCAACUCUCGCAACCAUGUUUGCAGACUUGGAUUAUGAAAUCGAAGAGGAUAAACUCGGGAUCCCCACCGUGCCCGGGAAGGUGACCCUGCAGAAGGACUCCCAGAACCUCAUUGGCAUCAGCAUCGGGGGAGGGGCCCAGUACUGCCCGUGCCUCUACAUCGUGCAGGUGUUUGACAACACCCCCGCAGCCCGGGACGGCACGGUGGCUGCGGGUGACGAGAUCACGGGUGUCAACGGGCGCUCUAUCAAAGGGAAGACCAAGGUGGAGGUGGCGAAGAUGAUUCAGGAGGUGAAGGGGGAGGUGACCAUUCACUACAACAAGCUGCAAGCUGACCCCAAGCAGGGCAUGUCCCUGGACAUAGUGUUGAAGAAAGUCAAGCACCGGUUGGUAGAGAACAUGAGCUCGGGGACAGCCGAUGCUCUGGGCCUGAGCCGAGCCAUCCUGUGCAACGAUGGGCUCGUCAAGCGACUGGAGGAGCUGGAGCGGACAGCCGAGCUCUACAGAGGAAUGACGGAACAUGCCAAGAAUCUGCUGCGGGCCUUCUAUGAGCUGUCGCAGACCCACCGGGGGCCCCCUUGUCCUGCAGCCUUUGGGGACGUGUUCUCCGUGAUUGGGGUGCGGGAGCCUCAGCCAGCUGCGAGUGAGGCGUUUGUGAAGUUUGCUGACGCCCACCGCAGCAUUGAGAAGUUCGGCAUCCGGCUCCUGAAGACCAUCAAGCCGAUGCUGACAGACCUUAAUACGUACCUCAACAAGGCUAUCCCGGACACACGCCUCACCAUUAAGAAGUACCUGGACGUGAAGUUUGAGUACCUGUCCUACUGCUUGAAGGUGAAGGAGAUGGACGACGAGGAGUACAGCUACAUUGCCCUGGGGGAGCCCCUGUACCGUGUGAGCACGGGCAACUACGAGUACCGCCUGAUCCUGCGCUGCCGCCAGGAGGCUCGCGCCCGCUUCUCACAGAUGCGCAAGGACGUGCUGGAGAAGAUGGAACUGCUGGACCAGAAGCACGUCCAGGACAUCGUGUUCCAGCUGCAGCGCUUCGUGUCCACCAUGUCCAAGUACUACAAUGACUGCUACGCUGUGCUGCGCCACGCAGAUGUGUUCCCCAUCGAGGUAGACCUGGCACACACCACACUGGCCUACGGCCCCAGCCAGGGUGUGUUCACCGAUGGCGAGGAGGACGAGGAAGAGGAGGAGGACGCAGUGGCUGGAGAGCCAGCCAGGGACACGUGCGGGGUCGCAGGGCCCCUGGAUAAGGGUGGGAGCUGGAGUGACUCCUGAGUCCCUGGGGGCGCCCCAAAGGGGGCAGGCAGCCAGGAGCAGGGCAGGGCCACAGUCGCAGCACGGAUGGGUGGCGCAUAAAGGCCUGCUGGCUCGAGGCGCCGCCUCCCUGCUCCUCUGUCCUGCAGCGAACUGGGCGGACCUGGACUCCUGCCCGGGAAGGCCCUGGGACCCUCAGCCUGCCCUUCCCUGCCUCCUGGCUAUAGGGAGAGCUCAGGCCCUGCAGCUGCCUGGGGAUGGACAGUGGGCAGAACGGGUGUGGGGACUGGUGUCCGUGGCACCUUUGCUGCCUCCAGCACACCCACUACCUACCAGGAGUGAGGCUGAGGUGGAUUGCACAGCGGGGCUGGUGUCUCCUCUGCCCCGGCCCCAGGCUGGUCCCGCCAUAUAGUGGCUGUCAUUUAUCUUGUCCCCAGCCUCGCCACGUGUGUUUAGGGUGGGGCACUGGGCCCGUACGGAAUAAACAAACCCAGACACA